AUGAGCGCCGCACCGAUUCAUCGCGAGCCGGUCGGAUGUCUUGACAGUAAAACUGUUGGAAUUUGUCUUCUUUUAAUCGUCAAUGUGCUAUGGGUGUUGUCUUCCGAGUUGACGAGGUUUAUCUUCGUCGACGAGGAGUUCCGAAGGCCGUUCUUCACAGUCUAUGUCAAAUCAUGUACAUUAAUAGUAUAUAUGAUUCGUUAUUUGCUUUUUGAGGCGAAAAACGACAAUUCGUAUAAAAUUCUAAUCAGUGAGAAUAGUGUUGAGACUGAUUACGAGCUGACUUGUGAAUCAUUGGCAAUGGAGGGAUAUGAAUCGGUGACUGACGUGGAUUCAGAUGUUGAAUCCAUUAUUGUGGAUGGGGAGAAGAGGCAGAGAAAAAUACGAUUUGCAGGAAGGCGGGAAAUCCGCCGAAUGCCUGCAUCCAAUGCCGAAGAUCAACGACGCGCUCGUUUGCCAUACAGUCAACCGUCGAUCGAUUGUCAGUUAUACCUCUCCAGACACGUCAAGUACACUCUCUUCUUUUUUGCUCCAUUGUGGUUGGUGUGCUCGUUCACCUAUCAAGCGGCUCUCGCGUUCACGUCGGUCUCCAGUCUCAACUUGAUCUCCAGCUCAUCCUCCGUAUUCGUUUUAGCGUUUGCCAUUUGUUUUCCCAGUGCUAACAACAAAUUUUCAGCCUAUAAGGCCCUCCUGGUCUUAAUCAAUGUUGCUGGAGUGCUCGUCGUCUCUCACUACAUCCCAUCGUUGUCUGGAGCCUUCUUUGCUCUAGUCUCAGCACUUUCCUACGCUGUCUACCUCUUCACUUAUGGACAUUUUGAGGAAAAAUACGGGCGGGUCGAUAUCAAUUUAAUGUUUGGGACGAUAGGAGUGAUAGCGUUGGUGGUUGGAACACCCGCAUUGAAUUUAUUGGAUACAUUUGGGGUGGAAGAACUGCAUCCGCUACCCAAUAUGACCCAAUUUUCGUCAAUAUUGUUUUCAGCACUUAUUGGCACUAUAGUAGCUGAUUACCUUUGGCUCCUUGCUGUUGGCCUUUGUGACUCUCUUACUGCCUCCCUCUCAAUGACCAUCAGUAUACCAUUAUCAUUUUUCGCGGAUACAGUGAUCCGGAGUCGAGCGCCAACACUUGCCCAACUUCUCGCAUCAAUACCAAUUCUACUAGCGUUCGUCGGCGCCGCCUAUGCCAACGAGGACCUCCCACUGUGA